AUGUCAAUCAUUGCACCAUUUUAUCCAUAAUUUGCUAAAUCUAAAGAGAUUUCUGAAGAUAUUAUAGGAAUUGUAUUUGCAGCUCAUCCUUUGGGACAAUUUAUUUCUUCCUUGAUUUUAGGAAAAGUAAUAACCCAUGUAAAAAAUAUGCUAAUGAUAGGAUAACAGAUAGAAAAUAAUGGUUAUAGGAAUAUUUUUAUAAGGUUUAGGUUUAUUGCUUUUUGGUUUAUUAUAUUAUUUUGAUUCAUAUUGGAUUGUUCUAAUAGGAAGUUUUAUGGCUAGAUUGAUCGGUGGAAUAGUAAUUAUAUCAUGAAAAUAAAAUAGGGUGCAUCUAUGUUUAUGACACCGUUUUAUGCAUUUAUUCCUUAAUUAUUUCCAAAAUCAAUUGAAGAGAAAAUAGCAAUUGCAGAAGUUUCAACAUCUCUUGGAUUUUUAGGAGGUCCAAUAUUAGGAUCAGCCUUAUAUCAAUUAGGUGGAUUUGUUUUACCAUUCUUUUUCUUUGCUGCAUGUUCAUUUGGAUUAGCAGUAAUUCUGAUCAUUUUUUCAAAAAGUUUAGAUGUGCCUGAAGCAGAUCUUAGUUAAUCAAUCAUAUUGCAUUAAUCUAUAUAAAAUCAAGAAUCAAUUAUAGAUGCCGAUUUUAGUAUAUCAUAUAUCUCAUUGCUUUUGAAUUAUCCUGUUGUAAUAUCGUUUAUAACAAAUACGUUAACGCUAUCAUUGUGGACAUUUUAUAAUCCUACAAUAGCUAUUUAUUUAUUAGAAGAAUAUGAUAUUUAAGAAGAAUAUUCUGGAUAUUGGAUAUCAAUAAAUGCUGCUUCAUUUGGAUUGUCUACUAUAUUUAUAUCUAGAAUAAAAUCUCAUAAAAAAUUUUAUAUGUAUUUUGGAUUAGUAAUCAGUGGAUUAUUGCAAUUUUAUAUGGGUCCUGAUUAUAAGUUCACCAAUUUGCAUCCAAAAAAAUUAUAUACAAUAUUAGCUUGGUCAAUUGUUGGAUUUACUGGAGGAUUUCCAUAUGUACUUACAUUACCUUAAGUGAAUUAAAUUCUUACAAAAGAUUAUUAUAAAUAUCCCACUUAAUGUGCAAAUAUUGCAUCUGCAAUGUAUUUUAUUAAAUUCAAUAUAUUAUAGUUUUAAUGCUAGUUUAGCAGGAGGAGAAUUAUUUGGUCCAAUUAUGGGAGGUUAUCUUACAAAAUGGUAUGGAUUUCAAAGGUCAGCAUCUUUAUUAGGUUUUACUGUUCUUAUAUGUUGUGCCUGUUAUGUGCCUUAUUUAUUUUUCUUGGAUGAAAAGAUUGCAAGAAUAAAAGCUAAAAAAUAAAAGAAAGCAGGUUUAAAAGAAUGA